CCCUGGGAUCGCUCAUUCCUGCUCCAUGCUCCAUACCCGUCCUUCGUCGCUGUUUCAAUGCAUUUGCGUUUUUGGCAUUGUCAACUUGUAAUCGCCAAAAACUGCACAUUCUUUCAAACCUGGAGAAUCCUGCACACGUCUCCUGCCUCCUGCUUGACCGUCCUUGGAGUAGUAUGGCUAGGAUGAUCAUCUGCUAGAUGGGUCGUCUCAGAGAUCGAACAUUUACGGGAUGCUGGAAUUGCCGCUCACGUAGGGUCAAGUGCAAUGAAGCGAAGCCUGCCUGCGGCGCAUGUUUGCGUCGAGGUGUGAGAUGCAACUACGGGACUAAGUUGGUGUGGGUUGAGCAUGACAACCAAGUCUAUAAGUCCGAUGGUCGUCGAAGCUGGAGAUGUGACCUGACCUGGAGCGGCUAUGCCCCUCUGCCUGCGGAUGUCGUGGACUAUCUGAUACUAAAAUGUGAUCAAGAUAGAACUAUGGCUUCCGCUGCCCCCGAUUGUGCAUCAUCUGUGUGGGAUCUCGGUCAUCACAGCCCGUUCUCAUGUUUCCAACUACAGUCCAAUGAGCAGAGCAUGGAUUCUAGCGACCAAUUUGAAGAAGUCAUGGUUGACUUUGACAAUAUUGAUUCGCCCUCACUCUCAAACGCUCUUAUCCUAAUGCCCUCAUUAAGCGAGAAUCCAGACCUGACAUGGGACGACCAGUUUCUCUUCGACCAUUACGUCCGCGAUGUCGGUAGUAACAUGAUGCCUGUGGAGCAUGCAAGAAACCCCUGGAAGUCUGACUAUCCGGCACUUGCUCUAGGCAGAACCUGGGGAAGCAACAAGAUCUUGUAUCAUGCCAUCAUCUCACAUGCCGCAUUUCAUCUCGCUCAUAUGCCACUACGCGAUACCAACAAGUAUUCAUUGAUCGGUUCCAAAAACUAUGCCAUUGCUAUACACGAACUUCGACUCAACAUCGACAAUGACCUCACCGACUUUGCCACCACCGUUGCCUCGAUUCUCUCGCUCAUGUUUGCAGAGAUCUAUAGCGGACGUUCUCGCUAUUGGAGACAUCAUCACGAGGGAGCGUGGAAGCUUGUCGAAAACCAUCGGAGCCGGGAUACCUUGAGCUCUACCGACUUUACACGCAUCUUAAUGCAGAACCUGAACAUUGCCAGGACAAUCUCACAAACGGCCACUGGGCUGAUUCAAGACUUGGAGAACGGCGAUGUUUCAGAAACACCAGAAUUGCUGACUACUCCGAGCUUGUCUGCAAUGAUUACAUCCACUCCAGCAUACGGUUUCACAAUCGGUGCCAGCGGGACAAUCUUGGACUGCAUCUCCAAAAUCACAAGGCUGCAGCACGUGAUGGCGAAUCAACAGAAUGACAUGACCCAUUAUGUGGAUGAGACAUUGGAGUCCAUCCUAUCGCAGCUCAACUGUUGUCGCAAUCAGGCACUAGGCGACAUGAUCGAGGAUGAGUACGCCAACCGGCAACCUUCUCUACAAACCCUGCUCGAACGAAGUCAGAACAAAGCAUUCAUCUACGCAACUUAUGUCUACCUUUAUCGAACUUUGUUUGACGUCCCCCCUCGAAGCGUCAAGGGCUACGUUACUGAAACACUACGGUAUGUCGACGACUUUUUCACCCUAAGUGAAGGCAACUUCUCUAUCUGGCCUGCCUUUAUAGCCGCCGUCGAGGCGUAUACGGUCGACGAUAUGGCUGCAGCCCGGCGAUGGUUGGAACGAUCUACGUCAUUUGGCAUGGGCAAUCGUGAAUCGGUCGAAAAGGUCGUUCGAGAGGUUUGGCGAACAAGAGAGGAGAGAUGCGAAGCCCUUGACAUUGACCUCGGCAUCAUCGCUGUGGAUUGGAGAGAAGUCAUGCGAGAGAUGAAUUGUGAUGUAUUGCUGGUGUGAAUGGAUGAUGGUCUCUGCCAACAAACAUGGUCGCUCUCCAGAGAGUUCCAAUGCUAUCGUCCAUCACAUCACAUUGAUUUACCAAAUUCGGCUUCCGGAUCCGUCCUCGACGCCUUUGUCAACACGCAAACCGCUUGUUAUAUCAAUUCGACGAACAGACCAGUCCCAAGCUCACAUCAUUUUGCCCAUCUCAGACGCCCAUUUGGGCUCGAUAAACAGGCCUGUAGCUUUGGCCAUGGUCGUCUUUCCUUCAAGUCUACCCAGGCUCAAAUGCUCAACGGUCCCUUCGACCCAUGCCUUCCGGCCUUGCACAUCCACCGUCUCCGCUUUGAGGACGAUGACGCUGUCGACUCUGACUGGUGCCAUGUACGACACCUCCAGCUUGGCUGUGACUGCGAUCUUGCCUGCGAGCAAGGGGAAACACGCCCUUCCCAUACAUUCGUCCAGCAGGGCCGCCACGAGCCCUCCAUGCACAAUUCCCGAAUGACCAGCGAGCCGUCGUCCAAGGUGGUAGAAUGCCCACAAGGUCCCAGCAUCGUCAUUGGUGAAGACAUAUGGCUGAGGUGAUAUCAGCCCCGGUCCGGUGAGUGUUGUCAGUGUGAGGUGGUCGGCGAGGUAUUCUUGGUCAACUUUUAGAACGGCCCGGUGAAGCUUUAUGUUUACUGUCGGAUCUUGAAGGAGGUCUUGAAUUUCGGUAUGGGAGGAGACGGCAGUUUGGAGGAGACCGUCAACAUCCUGUUCAGGCGCUGGCGCCGCCAAGGUAACACCGCCAGCGCCAGCGGUGCUGGGUUUCUCGGCUGCUUCUGGGGUGACAGGCGUAGACAUGAUUUUGAAUGGGUGUACGUUGGUUCGUUUGAUUUGCAGGUGUGGUGGUUGCGCGUUUGGUUGUCUGCCAGGGAUAUAAGACGGCGCAGGAUAUAUUUAUAUAUAAAAAUAAAUAAAGAGUCGCUUGGCAGGUGUAUGUCGUGAGUCAGU